AUGACCUUCUCCGAGCUCCUGGACCGCUUGGGCGCCAUCGGCCUCUUCCAGUUCCGACACCUGAGCUUGAUCUGCCUCCCAAUCCUGGGCCUGGCCAACCACAUCCUGCUGCAGAUCUUCACGGGCACCACCCCCCCACAUCACUGCCGCCCACCCCCCAACGCCUCUGCAGGGCCCUGGGUGCUCCCCACGGGCCUGAACGGGAAGCCUGAGCAAUGCCUCCGUUUUGUAUACCUGCCCAACGGCAGCCUGCCCAACGGAACCCAGGGGCCCACGGAGCCAUGCCUCGACGGCUGGGCCUACAACACCAGCACCAGACGCUCCAUCGUGUCAGAGUGGGACUUGGUGUGUGGCUCCUACAAACUGAAGGAGGUUGCCCAGUCUGUCUUCAUGGCUGGUGUGUUGAUUGGCGGGAUUGUGCUUGGAAACCUGUCUGACAGGUUUGGCCGCAAGACUAUCCUGUCCUGGAGCUACCUGCUCCUGGCAGCCAGUGGCUGCUGCACUGCUUUCAGCCCCACCCUCCUCACCUACAUGGUCUUCCGCUUCCUGACCGGCUGCAGCAUCUCCGGCAUUUCCCUGAGUACAGUGAUCCUGAAUAUUGAGUGGGUGCCCACCCGGGCACGGGCCAUCUGUUCGACAAUGGCUGGGUACUGCUACACCAUUGGCCAGUUCAUUCUGCCUGGCUUGGCCUACGCCAUCCCACAGUGGCGCUGGCUACAGUUUACCGUGUCCAUUCCCUUCUUCAUCGUCUUCCUGUGGUCCUGGUGGGUAGCAGAGUCUGUUCGUUGGAUGAUCCUGUCCGGAAAGUCCUCGGAGGCCCUGAAGAUACUCCGGUGGGUGGCCACCACCAAUGGCAAGAAGGAGGAAGGAGAAAAACUCAGCUUGGAGGAGAUCAAACUCAGCCUGCAGAAGGAGAUCUCCUUGGCCAACUACAGCACAGCUGACCUGUUCCGGACGCCCAUCAUGCGCCGCGUGUCAUUAUGUCUUUCCUUGGCCUGGUUUUCCACUGGUUUUGCCUACUACAGUCUGGCCAUGGGUGUGGAAGAUUUUGGGGUCAACAUCUACAUCCUCCAGAUCAUCUUUGGGGGGGUCGACAUCCCAGCCAAGUCCAUUACCAUCCUCUCCAUGAGCUAUCUGGGUCGGCACACCACUCAGGCUGCCUCUCUGCUCCUGGCAGGAGGAAGCAUCUUGGCCCUCAUCUUUGUGCCCUCAGACCUGCAGACCGUGAGGACAGCGCUGGCCGUGUUUGGGAAGGGGUGCCUGUCUAGCUCCUUCAGCUGCCUCUUCCUCUACACAAGUGAGCUGUAUCCCACCAUUAUCCGGCAAACAGGUUUGGGCAUGACUAACCUGUGGACCCGCGUCGGCAGCAUUAUAGCCCCAAUGGUGAAGAUCCUGGGUGAGGUGCACCCUUUCAUCCCCAACAUCAUCUAUGGGGUCUUUGCCCUUCUGGGAGGCAGUGCUGCCCUCUUCCUGCCUGAGACCCUCAAUCGGCCCUUGCCGGAGACCAUCGAAGACAUGGAAAACUGGUCCCAGAAGGCAAAGGAGACAGACCAGAAGUCAGAAGCAGAAAGGGCUUUCCAAAGGAUCCCUCUGCAGGCCUGUGACCCAGACCUUGUCCACAGCUGA